UUCAUGAUCUUGCGCAUGCGUGUUGGUGUGUAGCAGAUGGCCCAAUCAGCUAUUUUAACACACGCCAAAGAAACUGAGUGUGAUUUCCAGAAGAUGGCGACCGCUCUGGUGGCGUCAACUGUAGUUCCUGCAAACCCUGAAAAGGAAAAAUGCGAAACAGCCAUUCAAAAGGUUGUGAGUCCUGAAGCAUACAUCAAGCAUCCAUUACAAAACAAAUGGGCUCUUUGGUUUUUCAAGAAUGACAAAAGUAAAACAUGGCAAGCCAAUCUUCGUCUCAUCUCUAAAUUUGACACAGUGGAAGACUUCUGGGCAUUAUACAAUCACAUUCAGUUAUCAAGUAACUUGAUGUCUGGCUGUGACUACUCGCUGUUUAAGGACGGCAUUGAACCCAUGUGGGAGGAUGAACGAAACCGAAGAGGCGGCCGCUGGCUGAUAACUCUGUCCAAGCAGCAGCGCAAAGCAGACCUGGAUCGGUUCUGGUUGGAGACGCUCUUGUGUCUUGUGGGUGAAGCUUUCGAUGACUACAGUGACGACGUGUGUGGCGCCGUCAUUAAUGUCCGAGCCAAAGGAGAUAAAAUAGCAAUAUGGACCACAGACUAUGAAAACAAAGAUGCCAUCACACACAUAGGACGUGUGUAUAAAGAGAGAUUAGGUGUUCCGCCAAAGGUGAUCAUCGGAUACCAAUCACACGCAGACACGGCCACAAAGAGCGGCUCCACAACCAAGAACAAGUUUGUAGCCUGAGGACCCAUUACCCAGAUUCAUCAGCCAUGCUUUUUUCUGUUGUCAGCAUACAUUCUCUGUAAUUUCUCCAUGAAUGUAACUCGUGUUUAUCCACAAACAAAUAUGUAAAGUGGAGGAAAAAAAAUAACUUUUUUUUUUUUUUGCCUAUUUGUUGACACUUUGCCAAAGUUUUUGUCUUUGAGUACAUGUGUAGUUCAACUGUAGCACUAUUAUUUGACAACUUUAUGAUUUUUGUGGUGGUGGGCUGAAGAUGAGUGAAAGAUAUUUGAUGUCCAGUUUUCAUUUUCCAGUGCAGAUGAAUAUUUUUUGGAGAGUUUAUUUGGUUUAUCCAGCCCUCAGUAUAUAUCAGUUAUUUUUCUUAAAAGUAUUUAACAUUAAGGAAAAAUAAAGUAAAAAGAUAAUUCUA